AUGUCGAGGGCACAACCACUGUCGGCGUUCCGGCUCAACUAUGCGAGCAGCUCCAAGAGCAAAGCGAACGACAUCCCCGACCCCAUCGGAUACGUCGAGGAGGCGGUGACCAAGAAGCAGUCGAAGUCGAAAGCGCCUGUCCAGCGGGCGGAUCCGUCGGCGCUCAAGAUGGCCAAGGCGUGGGAGCUAGCGUACUCGCCGGCAAAGUCGUUGCCGAUGAAUGCGAUCAUGCUCUACAUGAGCGGCUCGGGCGUGCAGAUCUUCAGCAUGAUGGCCGUCGGCAUGCUCAUCACGUCGCCGCUCAAAGGCAUCUCUGGAAUGAACACAGCAUUCUCGAGGUUCGCAUCGCCUGGACAGAGUCUGUUGCUGCCCAAGGUGCUGUUUGUGGUGUGCCAGCUGGCAGGCAUUGCGUUGGGACUAUACAAGUGCUGGAGCAUGGGCCUCUUGCCUACCGAGACCAGCGACUGGUUGGCCUGGAGACAGCCACGAACACUACAAAUCUGGCGCAUCGCAUCUUCUGAACACUCCACCAUGUCCACUGCGACACACGCCGACUCGGACGACGCCCUCCCCACCACUGCACAGCUCUCGGCCGCCAAAGCCACGCACGUCCUCGACAGCCACGGUACGCGCAUCUCGGUGGCCUCGCUCUUCGACGGCGCGCAGGCGCAGCAGUUGCCGCUCGUCCUCGUCUUUACGCGCCACUUUCACUGUGGCAUGUGCAAGGAGUUUGUGCGUGCGCUAGCCGAAUCCUCGAUCCUCACGCGUGUCGAGCUGGUCAUCGUCGGUCCAGGCGAGGCAGCGGGCGUAGAGACGUACAAAGCGUCGGUAGGCAGCCCGCCGUUCAAGUUCUUCGCGGAUCCACAGCUGCACCUCUACCACGCGCUUGGCGUCACCAGAAGGAAUCUGGAGCUCGGAGACGCAAAGGAGAAAGUGGGCGCGCAUCACAAGGUGGGCCUCACGCACAACGUCAUCAGCAGCGUCAUCGACCUUGUCAAGUCGGGAACCCAGGCGCUCAAGGGCGGAGACUUUAAACAGCUCGGCGGCGAGUUUGUCUUCAGCGAAAAGGGCGAGCCGAUGAGUACCUCGACGACAGCUUCGCCGGGAAUCGCAGGGUCCAACCUGCUGCCUGGCAAGGUGGUGGCCAUCACGGGUGCGUCGCGCGGCAUCGGGCGUGCGUGUGCGCUCGCAUGUGCGGCUCACGGCGCCACGGGCGUCGUGGUGCACUACUUUGGUGACACGCAGACCACCGCCGAAGCGGAGUCGCUCCAGCAAGAACUCGCGGAACUCGGCGCCAAAGCGGUGCUCGUCGCUGGCGACAUCUCCGACGCAGCCGUUGGGCAGGCCGUCGCCGAUGCGGCCGAGCGCGAAUUCGGGCGGCUCGACGUGUUUGUAUCCAACGCCGGCAUCUGUCCCUUUAUGGGCUUCCUCGAGAUGGAAGCGUCGACGUGGCGCAAGGUGCAGGACGUGAAUCUCAACGGCGCCUUCUUCGCCACGCAGGCAGCCGCUCGGCUCAUGAGCAGGCAGACGCCCAGGGGAGGCAGCAUCAUCGCCAUCGCAUCCAUCUCGGCACUCGUCGGCGGCGAGUUCCAGAGCCACUACACCCCAACCAAGGCCGGCCUCAAGAGCAUGAUGGAGUCGGCUGCCAUCGGCCUAGGCCCUCUUGGAAUCAGGUGCAACAGCGUCCUUCCGGGCACGAUUGAGACGGCCAUCAACGCGGACGAUCUCAAAGACGACGCCAAGCGCCAGCGCAUGGUCGACAGACACCCGCUCAGGAGGCUCGGACAGCCAGACGACAUUGCCGGCCCCGUGGUGUUUCUGGCGUCGGACCUGGCCAAGUUCAUGACCGGAUCGUCGGUGCUCGUGGACGGAGGAUGCUUCGUCAAUCUUCAGUAG